AUGCCUUCUGCAACAGCUCUUCCAGUUGAGGUGAUCGACAAAAUCUUAUAUUAUUUCUGCGGUGAUGCGUCAUACAAACCAACAGACGACUACAAUAGUGCCAAAGCGUCAUUUCUAAAUCAAAAAACAGUUAAGGACUUACUCAGCUUACAGUUAUUAGGCCACAACUGGGCAGCAGCAGUUCAACAUAUUGUGUAUCGUUCUCUAUACUUGACGAUUCCGUGGGGAAAUCAGUUACUGGACAAGAUUUCCAGCGGCAAUAUGUUCUUUUCAGGAAUACCACGUCUACGUCAACUCACUUUAAAUCAUGUUAUGUACAAAGGCGACGUUGGUCCAGGAUCUUUCUAUGAACGCAUCAAAGAUGAGAAUAUGCGGAAAUUGGAACUCGAGCAACAGCGCAAAGGAAUCAAGGUGCUGGAGUUGAUGCCAACGGGCAACAAUGAAGAUUCAAAGCGGGUAGUAAUCGCACGCAGAAACUCGCUACGAGUGCUAUUCACAGAUACGCUUCCGUGUUACCUACCUCAAUCUCUUCAUAUGACACGUUUUCCAAAACUGCGCAUCGUCAGGAACCUUUAUCUUGACGGCUUAGUUAGGCACCCGGAUUGGUUUGAGUGGCCUAUGUUUCAAACGGUCGAAAUCUUUAUCACACGUUAUCGAAGAGGCUAUGCUUACUGGCAAGAAGAUUUAGACAAGAUUAUGAAACGUCCAAUGCCACCAAAUUUAAAGCACUUUGUCUUUUUAAUUCAUCAAAAUACCUUACAUGUUGAAUUGAUUACCGCAGGAUUUAGUUACGGAGCUCGAGAACCAGAAGAAAAACACAGCAAGAAAGGAGAACGCUAUGAUAGACUGAGAGCUUAUCCAACACAACAACCCGAAAAUAAGAUGCCAGUGUAG